UGCUGGUCGAGCGCGUUUUGAAGCCGUGGCAGGCACUGAGCCAGGGCUACGAGAUCCUCGUGGACGGCAAGCGCGGGAAGCACUGGGGCCUCGAUCUUCCCGUCGGCGGCGCGGGAAACCCGAAGAAAGUGCACGACGGGAAAGCAGGUUCGUAGCUCUCCUGGUGAACAAACCUGCGUUCUUCUUUAUGUAGCUCGAUUCUUGUAUACAUGCUUUUUUUUUUGGUUUUGUCCUUUCGACAGUCCGUUGUUUUUCGAUCGGAAGCAAGACGGUGGCACACAGUGAUGAAAUUUCACAAAAAUUUCAGGUUUUGUGGGCUUCAACGGAGAGCUGUUCCAACUGCUGCCCUCCGCGACUUACGAGGGGCUGUCCAUCGGGGCGCGGAGCCAAGGCUACCGUGGCGGCGCGGGGACGACCUUUACACUGCUGCGCGACGUGCUCGGGCGGUUGCCGCUGGUCAGCUGGGUACUCGGCAGCAGCGAGCUCGGUCCGGAGGACCCGAGCC